AUGGCCACCCCGAUUGACCCUCAAGAGACCGUCGGACCAAGCCCUAGAGGCUCCGUUGCGGGACGGGCAGCUACUCAAAAUUGUCUGUUAACGAAUGACCCCAAGGAGAAGUUCAGCUCAACACGGGCCCGAUCCCUACUGCCAAGAGUCCCGCAUCUUGGCAAUGGAUUGUUCUUCUUGAACCACACAGUCGCUUGA